AUGUCCCCCCUCAACACUGAGACCGCAAUCCAACACUUCGCCAUAAACAACUUCAAAUUCCAAAAUGGCACUACCCUCCCACAAGUCCAACUCGCAUACCGCGAAGUCAACCCAACCAAAACUAAAAUAGCCCUCAUUCCCACCUGCUUCCGCGGCCGCAUCAACUCAACCUUGAACUUCGCCGACGGCGCAUUACGAGAUUAUCGGGUAAUCGUGGUCGCUCUAUUUGGAAAUGGCGAAUCAUCCAGUCCAUCAAAUACACCCAAUUUCCCGCAGACUCUUGACUAUCGGGAUUGUGUUCGCGCUCAACAUAAGCUCAUAAAAGAGCAUCUGCAACUCACAAAGAUUGAUGUCAUGGUUGGAUUUUCUAUGGGCGGGCAAUGUACCUAUCACUGGGCAGCGAUGCAUCCAAGCAUGAUUCUCAAUGCAAUCAUCAUAUGUUCCUCGGCCAAAACAAGUUUACACAAUUAUCAGUUCUUGGAAGGUCCUAAGGCUGCUUUGCAGAGUUCUGUUGAUUACAUUGAUGGAAAUUUUAGGACAAAUAGAGAUUCUCCGCCGCUGCGUGGAUUACACGCUUUCGGCCGCGCAUAUUCUGCCUGGCUGACUAGUGCCGAGUGGUUUGAGCAGCGCUUGUUUGAGAAGCAAGGAUAUAAAUCACUGGAUGACUGGGCUGCUGCUGUUGCCGGGACGAAUUAUAAUGAUUGGUAUCCGGAUGACUUGUUAGUGAUGCUGGGAAUGUGGCAGCGGUCUGAUAUUGGGGUUACAGCGGGCUCCUGGACGGAUGAGAAUGUUGUCUCUGUGUCUGAGGCUUUGGUCGGUCGCAGAUCUGAGCUCAUUAAAUUUCAUACUGUCAAGCAACUACAUGUUCUGGAGAGCAUCAUCAUGGCAGACGCCAUCAAAAUAGACGCCGAUCUGGCAGCUUAUCUCAAUGUCGUUCCAAAGACCUACUCUCUUAGCGUUCUUGCUGCAUUGGUGGGAUAUCUGAUCUACAAGUGGCUCGUUGCAACAGACAUUCCGCACAUCAAAGGCCUCCCAGAGAUCCCAGGUGCAAUUCCCGUCUUCGGCCAUCUACUCAAAUUAGGUGAAGACCAUGCCACUGUUUGUGAACGCUGGUGGCGACAAUAUGGAAACUCCGUCUAUCAAAUCAAACUGGGGAACACUCGUGCGGUGGUCGUGAACUCUUUCGAAGAUUGUCGCAAGAUGUUGUUGGGUCACCAGAAUGCGAUUAUCGAUCGUCCCAAGUUGUACACCUUCCAUGGCAUCAUUAGCAGUACUCAGGGCUUCACCAUCGGUUCAUCUCCCUGGGACGAUUCGUGCAAGAAGAAACGUAAGGCCGCUGGAACUGCGUUGGGACGACCAGCAUUGAGAAAUUACAACAACAUGUUCGAUCUUGAGAGUUACUGCAUCGUCCGAGACUUGAAGCGUGACAGUAAGAAUGGCCAGCUAGAACUCAAUGUCCGACCUUUUAUUCAACGAUACGCUCUGAACACUACCUUGACUCUGUGCUACGGUAUUCGAAUGGACGAAGUCUACGACGAGCUGCUUCGUGAAAUUCUUUAUGUUGGAUCCGCCAUCUCCCUUCUCCGGAGCGCAUCUGAGAACUUGCAAGACUACGUUCCACUGUUGCGUUACAUGCCCAACAACGAGAAGAACAUCCGGUCCAAAGAGCUUCGUGAGCGUCGGGAUGCUUAUUUGAAUCUUUUGCUUGACAAAGUCCGCGCCAUGAUUAAGAAAGGCACCGAUAAGCCAUGCAUCUCUGCCGCCAUUCUCAAAGAUGAAGAGACCAAGCUGACCGGAGUGGAAGUAUCAUCUAUCUGUCUUUCAUUGGUAUCUGGUGGUUUUGAGACGAUUCCCGGUACUUUGACUUCGGCUAUUGGAUCCUUGGCUACACCUGAAGGCCAGGAGUGGCAAGAUCGUGCUUAUGCUGAUAUCAAGAGGUUCUACCCGGAUGUUCGCGAUGCCUGGACUGAUUGUAUUCAUGAGGAAAAGAUUCCUUAUGUCAAUGCUAUUAUUAAAGAAGCCGGUCGUUACUACACAGUCAGUUCCAUGAGUUUGCCUCGAAAGACCGUUACGGAAGUGAACUGGAACGGAGCAAUCAUCCCUCCCAAGACGAUGAUUUUGAUCAACGCCCAGGCUGGUAAUCACGAUAUCGACCACUUCGGCCCCGACGGGAACAAAUUCAACCCCGAACGAUGGCUGAAAUCCCUUAAUCCUCCCAUCGAAAAGGAGACCACAGGUCUUCCUCACCUGAGCUUCGGAGCCGGCUCUCGCGCCUGUUCCGGACAGUUUAUUGCCUCACGACUCUUAUACGCUGCUCUCGUUCGUAUCCUUUCAUCAUAUAAGAUUGUCGCGAGCGAGGAUAAUCCACCCAACACCGACUAUGUGGACUACAAUCAAUUCAAGUCUGCUUUGGUUGCUAUUCCGAGGGACUUCAAGGUCAAGCUUGUUCCUAGAGAUGAGGCUAUGACGACUGAAUGUUUGGGAGCAGCCGAGGCACGGACAAAGGAUCAUUACAAGGAGUGA